CAGGAAGAGGAAGUCACAAAGUAGACAUGUAAAAGACAGAAGUCUUUUCUGGGGUUGUUUUAUUUUAUAAGAGAAGGCUUCAAACGUUAAAAGAAUAAUAAUGUUCGCCGGUGACGACGAAGACGGGGACUUCUUGUCGCCCUCGGGAGGUGCCAAGUUGGCGUCCCUGUUUGGACUAGACCAGGAAGCCAGUCAGGGGAACGAGUCGUUCCAGUACACGGCCCCGAAACAGCCUAAAAAAAGCUCCAGCUCAGCACCAGCCAAUCAGAAAGCAUCUCCUCCUGGAGCUCCUGCAGUGUUAUUUGCCUCAGCAGUCCAAGCCUUCAGAUAUAUUAACGGACAAUACACCAAGCAGGGGAAGCUGGGGGCAGCCGUACUGGGCAGCCACACAACAAAAGAGUACAAGCUGCUUCUGUACUUGAGCCAACAGAAACAAGUUACCACGGCCAAGAUUCACGUGGGCUUUGAUUUCACGGUUCAGCCUAACAAUUACUGCACUUUUUAUGAUGACCAGAGGCAGAACUGGUCCCUGAUGUUUGAAUCAGAAAAAACUGCAUCUGACUUCUGCAAAGAGGUAUGCUUGGCGAAAGCAAACAGUGCGUCUUCUUUAGAUGUUGUGGUGGUUCAGGACCUGAGUCUUGGUGAGGGCCAAGCGGUGGAAAAUGGAGACUCUCUGGAGGUGGUGUACACAGGCUGGCUCCUGCAGAACUACACCAUCGGACAGAUGUUUGACUCCAACCAGAACAAAGACAAGUUGCUGCGACUCAAACUCGGAGCUGGGAAGGUGAUCAAAGGCUGGGAGGAAGGGAUGAUUGGAAUCAAGAAGGCAGGCCGUCGUCUCAUCGUUAUACCGCCCAGCCUAGCAUACGGAUCCAAAGGAGUCCCAAACCGAGUCCCACCUAACAGCACUCUCAUCUUUGAAGCGGAGCUAAAUCGGGUGAAGUUUUCUAAGGACAGUGGCUCUGACAGGGCCAGUGCCAGCUCCAGAGACUCUGCUGCUCCCUCCCCUGCCCCCUCCCCGGCCCUCAGCAUGGAACAUCUGGCCCCGGAGUCUUCAGUAGAAGCAGCUGCCUCAGGUCCAGGCAGACCCGGGCCAGAGCCGCCUCUACGUACAAAGUCAAACUCUCUGAGUGAACAGCUGGCGAAUCCAGAUUCCACCAAAGCCAAGCUAAUCUCUCGCAUGGCGAAGAUGGGUCAGCCUAUGUUGCCCUUUCUGGCAGGAGCAGCCGGCCAGCCUGAAUCUAGUGACUCAGAGCUUGAGGACACCAGUGGCAGCAGAGCGAAGGAUCGGCUUGCAGCUCCGUCUCCGGUGCAGAUCACUAACGCUGCUCCACCUUCUGUACACGUCCAGUCUCACCCUCAUGCUGCUCCAACCUCUGCCUUACUUCCUGUCAUGACCACGGUUGCCCCACAGCCUGGGAUGCCAGGCAACAGCCACGCCUUCCAGCCUUAUCCCUACACACAGACCUCUGCAGCCCCGUCUCAGCUGCAGCCUGUUGGCCAGGUCUACCCUGCACAAACUGUCCCGUACAUGGGUUCCGGGGAUGUUACUUCCUUUUUAAUGACUGAGGCCCGGCAGCACAACACAGAGAUUCGGUUAGCUGUUGGGAAAGUAGCAGAUAAAGUAGAUCAGCUGGCCUCCAAGGUUGAUGACCUUCAAAGGCAGGGAAGUCUGUCUGCGGGCGUGUCUGGUAUGUCCAUGGAAACGUCCAUGAUCAUGCACAACAUCCAAAGAAUUAUCCAGGAAAAUGAUUGCUUGAAAAAGGAAGUGUUUGAGAAAAGCUCUCGCAUUGAGGAACAAAACCGCAAGAUCGGGGAUCUCAUCAACCAGAACCAGAGGUACAUGGAGCAGAGUCAUGUUCUUCUGGAGCAGAGGAACGACUCCCUCAAAUCAACCAGUGAACAGAACCAGGCCAGGCUCCUGCAGGCGGAGCAGGACAAGCAUGCUCUACCUCUGGACCUGGGCUCUGGCCAGGUCCGAUUGACCGAGGACCUGGCCUCCUCCACGGCGCGUGUGUCUCAGCUGCAGCUAGAAGCUUCAGCUCACCAGCAGAAGGCCGUGGAGCUGCAGACCAAACUGAGCUCAGCGCUUCAAGACAGUGAGAGCCACUGUCAACGCAUCACUGCCCUGGAGACACAGCUGGAAGAGCUGAAGGAGGAAGCAGAGAAGGCCCAGACUCAGUACCGCUCAGAGAAGCAAAAACGCAAAGAGAUGGAGCUGAGAGUCAACACGGUGGACGAGGAGCUGCAGGACCUGAAGACCGAUAAAGAAAACCUAGAACGAGCACUUUUAGAGAGGAAGAAGAAGUGGCAGGCAGAGCGCCAGCGUCGGGACGAGGAGGUGGAGGAGCUCCGCAAGAGCAGCCAGCAGGAGCUGGACAACCUCCGGACUCAACUCCGCAAAGCCAGAACCAGCAGUGACAACGCUGCAUCUGAGCAGUUGUCUCAGCUGCAGCUGGAGCUGGAGGAGGAGUGGAAGGGGAAGAGUCAGCAGGCGUUGGCUUCGGCUAAAGAGCAGCACAGCAGAGAGCUGCUCGAGCUGACCGAACAGAGAGAUGCUCUGCAGAACAAGCUAACUCAGCUGCAGGAAAAGUUUACAGCUUUGAAGCAGUCGAGAGACUCUGAGGAACAGAGUCUGCAACAACAGCAAAGGCAAAGCGAAGAGCUUCAAGCCCUUCAGGAAAAAUACAGAGCUCUGGAGCUGCAGGGAAAAGCUGUACGGGAGAAGUUGGAAAGACGAGUGGCUGAACUGGAGAAGAACGCUGAGGAGCAGGAGGGUUCAGGGGAUACUGCAGCAGAGGUGAAGCGUGUGAUGAACGGAGUGUUUCAUACUCUGCGAGGGGAGUUUGACCUUAGUGAAUCUUACAGUGGCCAGGCUGUGCUCAGUGUAAUCGUCUCUACCAUUAAAAAUGUAACUCUGCAGCUGCUCAGUGGAACUGACAAACCAUCCCUGAAACCAUCUAAGAAGGAAGAGGAGGCGGAGGAGGCAGAGGAGGAGGAGGACGAUGAAGAAGAAAGUGAGACUGUGAAACAAAGGGAGGAAACACCUCCCCAGAUUGUACAUGUGAAUGGACAAAGAGAAGUCAAAGAAGAAGAAAAGGAGGAAGAAAAGGUGGAAGAUGUACAUGUGACUGAGGUCCAACAAGUCAGUGAGACUCAGAUGGUUCAGGAAGAUGCAGCAGCAGAGGAGGAGACGGAGACGGAGAAGGAGACAGUAACUGAGACGGAGACAGUAACUGAGACGGCACGUCUGGCAGAGCCUUCAGAACCCACUGCUCCGCAUCCACUUCCACCCACUGACCUCAGUCCACAAGAUACAGCAACAACACAAUCUGAAGUGAAGCAGGAGCACAAACAACACUCUGAACACUCUGAAAUCUCGACAGAAGAAAAAGACACCAGCAGGUCUGCAGGUCUGGAUGAUGGGCCUGAUGAGAGAGCACCGCCUGAGGACGGACUUGAGCCUGUGUCAGAAGAAAAUGCUGUAAUGAGUAGCAAGGCAGACCCAGAGAGUGUGGAAGACGGGGAGCAUGUAGAAGAAAUAAAAGCUGAUUCUCAGAGCACCUUUGGACCUCCCGUCAACCCACCUCCUCCACCGGAAGCACCCCAGAACAGCUCGAGAGAAGACGCAAGUCCGACUGGGGGAAUUGGUGAGAAAAAUGGAGAGAAGCCAUUUUUCCAGAUCCCAACUCCCGCCAAGCCCCCCGCAGUACCCAGCGAGGAGGAAGAGGAGGAUGAAAUGAGCUUGAAGGGGCGUCCGCCACCAGCCCCUCUGUUUGGUGAUGAGGACGAUGAGGAUGAUGACCUGGACUGGCUGAACUGACGUGGAACCAGAACAAUCCGAGUCUGCCUUUUUAAUUUCAACACUAAAAAGAAGCGUGAGGAGCUUUAACGGGUGUUUCUGCCCAGUGGAGCAGCGUAAGAGGCCCAAGCAGCCUCUGCUGUGGCCGGACACGUGGCCCGGCUCUUCAGCUGAGCGUUGCCCUGGCGACCAGCAGCUGCUGCCACCGCCGUCAGGGACAACAAGGCUUCAAUCUCAGGCUGAUUUAGGUUGAAAUAACAAGCUUGUCAAAAUCAAAUCAGAAUAUUUUCAUUAAUUUAACGUGAUCUCUGUUUGUGAUGAAGCUUAAUCCCAGAUUUUACACGGCCCUGUAGCAGGUUAUGUUGAAUUAGCAGGAAUAAUGUUGUCAGUGGUUUCAGACUGGAUCAUAAUAGUUUUUAGUAAUUAGCUCGCAGCUUUAAAAAUAGAUCUUUUACACCGUUUUGCUAACCUGAAAUUCAUUCCAGGAAAUAAAUGAUUUUAUCUCUA